AUGAUGCCCCCAUAUUUAUCAUUGUUGAAACAAGAUAUGCCACUCUCAUUGCAGGUUUGAUUUUCUUUUAGAUUCAAAUUUUUGUUAGUUUUCAGUAUGGCCUUCUCGGAACUAUCAUAGCACAUGAAAUUGGUCAUUCAAUAGUGGUCGUGACAGGUGGAGAAAGUCAUAAAAUGAAUGCAGAUUUUUCACAAAAUUUAGUAGACUGUGUACAAAACCAGUACAAUCAAACGUGUUCUAAAUUUGGACAGGUAUGCUCAAUCAAAGAAUUUCAUUCAAGCUAUGUACAUAUAAAUUUAGCAACCAGUCAAUGAUAGUCAAAUCGAAGAAAAUACCAGUGAUAUUAUUGGUAUACCGUUAGCCUACAAAGUUUUGAAAAACAAAUUUACACAAGGUUUCUAUGUGAGUAAAUUUCUAUAGUUUGAUUUUGCCUUAUUACUUUUUUACAGAGCCGAAUCCGUGGACAUAAAAGUUGUUGGAGUCACGCCAAGUUAUUUUUCUACGCUUACAGUAACAUUUGUUGUUAUGUAGGAAAACAUUUUUUGCUGAAAAUAGAUGUUUGAAUUAUUUCAAUUUUCAGAGAGAAGAUCAAGAACCUGAGCAACAUCAGACUCCACAAGUAAGAAUCAACUCGGUAUUUGCACAAAUUCCAGAUUUUGGGCGUAUUUUUAAAUGUGACAAGGAUUCAAGAAUGAUGAAAGCACAAACGGUAUAUAUUUUUGUUUUUUUUAAUUUUGUUUCUAACAUAAUUUUUUUUCUAGGAGCAAUGCCACGUUUUAGGAAAAGAUGCACCAAAAGCAUAA